UUCAACUUGCAGCACGAAUGUAAUUCCGCGAGGCAUGCGGUGCCUUUGAUGUUAACAGCCAUAACCGGGUGACGGAAGUGUUAGCGUUUCUGGCCAAGGAUUUAGCAUAAAAAGACGUUUGGUGGCGCCGUGAUCAGAAGUUCCCUCGUAGCACGUGCUCUGCGACAGUUGAAAGGGGAGAUUGAAACGUUACUCCAGUAUUCACAGCAUAGUUUCAGCUUUACCGAGACAUCACCUCUGUUAACCAAUAGUAAUAGACAAUAUUAUAACUCAUUUUAAUUCUGUUAUAGUUGAUAUCGAAACGCAAAUUCUUAAAUUAUUUUGACCGUUUGGUUUAGCAAUGACAUUUCUUGGACGGACAAUACUGAUAAUAACCUGGAUACCCGUUGCUUUCACGGUCACUGUUACACCUCUUUCUAGGGUAGAUAAUGGUCAGUUUCAAGGUCCCAGUAUUCGCCUGACACGCUGGGCUGAAGCAGCGGUGAAUUUUGUUCAGAACCUCAACUGUACAGAGGUUUUCUUGACCAGGGAGCGAGAAUGCCGAAAACUAGUCCAAGUUCCGAGGGAUCAGAUGAACUUGUACGCCGCCGGUCCCAUAUCCAGAGGUCGGUUGGCUGCCGUCCUUCCCGAUGGAGCUCUCAGUCGGUCAGGUGCACAUAACGUGGUCUUAGUACUUGACCCUUAUCCUCGUGCCAGCUUCGGACAUCUUGUAGUAGUUUUCUUUUUGGACACGUUAUGGUCAGAGCUUCAGUGCCAGGUAAACGGAGGGUUUUAUAUCGGACAAGGUGACUGUCUCUCCUUAGCUCUCAAAAAUCGUUGUCAUAACCUUUUGGGGCGGAGACCAAGACGAAGGAACCUGGUGCGUCGGUGUGAAAUUAACUUUCUUCCAUUUGUCCACCUAGCUGACCAUCCUCCUCGAGGUCAAGAGGACCAGCUACUCACGUGCUACGACAAUAUACCAGGGUUUGCUUCGUGUCCUUCUUUCCGCCCAGAAAAUGAGACCACUCAGCUUGCUUGUGACCCGUUGCACGUGAACACACAACGGUGUAGCACGACGCACGAGACAGUACACACCCGCUGCCGAAUUUCGGAGAUCUGUGAUCAAGCUGUGUUACUAUCGGGUGGUUGGAAUCGUUUGUCCAGUAAUCAAGAAUCUCUGAAUGAUCUAAAGUCUGUCUUCCAGAUGCUGAGGAACGUUGGCUUCCCAAAGAGAAACAUUAAGGUUUUCUUCGCUAACGGAGCCGAGAACUUUCAAGUGCUAGGAGGAGAAAGCCACCCUCUGUACCCAUCUGUGUUUAAACUGGCACUGCGAUACCACGUGAAGAAACUUUGUGAAUCCCCUCACUGUGUAGACACGUUGGUGUUAUAUCUAAACAGUCCAGCAAUGAACGACGGAAGUAGCCUGCUGUGGGACACUGAUGGAAAUGGACAGGUGGGAGAAGACGAAACAUUCACAGUGGGAGAGAUAAUGGUGGAUCUGGAGAACUGUACAGCUCGCCAAGUUUUCAUCAUUGCUGACCAGAGCUACUCGGGUCAACUGAUCAAGUCUUUUAACCGUUCCACGAGACACAAUAACGUCCAGGUUUUCACCAGCGGUAAAGAGCGAGAGUAUUCUUGGCAAGUAGAAUUGACCAAACAUUGGGUCAGUUUUGGGCAUCAACACUCCUGCGUGAGCCAAGUAUACCAAGUGAGUUGAACAGUAGAUAAAAACAUUUAAAUCAAACUGGUUUUAGGAUAAUCCAACACCAACACAUUUUCAAAAACGUCUGGUCAAGCAAACUGAUGCUCUGGAAAUAACUUUAAAUGUUAUUUUAAUGGCUAGCCACAAUAAAAUAUUGUUCUGCACUGUAAUAUUUAAAACAUUAGUUGUAGGCUUCUGUUUAUUGAAGUUUAAGUCAUACACGUUUUAAAUCUUUUAGUUAGUGCUAGCUAAAAAAUAU